CUUCCGCCUGAUGGCCUGAAAUGCAGGCGGCCAUAUUACAUUAGCAAACACUCUCACGCGCAGCAGCGGUUUGUUGAUCCUGUGAAGUGCAGCUGUAUUUUUACGCAAGCUUUCUCGGUUUAGCGCAGGUUCGUGAGACGAUGAGCGGCGGCACGCCGUAUAUCGGGAGUAAGAUCAGUCUGAUCAGUAAAGCGGAGAUCCGGUAUGAAGGCAUUCUCUACACCAUCGACACGGAGAACUCCACCGUCGCGCUCGCCAAAGUGCGCUCUUUUGGCACCGAGGACCGCCCCACGGACCGCCCCAUCGCACCCAGGGAUGAAAUAUUUGAGUAUAUUAUAUUCAGAGGAAGUGACAUCAAAGACCUGACGGUGUGUGAACCUCCCAAACCGACAUGCUCUCUGCCUCAGGACCCCGCCAUUGUUCAGUCCUCUUUGGGAUCUUCCUCUGCCCCUCCAUCCUUCCAGUCUGGGAACUCCUACGGGCUGUUCAACCGUCCACAAGCCACGCCAUACACCCAGUUCAACCCCACCCCACUGGUCUCACCGCAGUUUGGCACUGUUGGAGUCGAUCACGCCAAUCUGGCUCUGGACCCUCUGAGAAAGAGCCCCUCAGCGGAACAUGCGGCCUCAUCAGCACCUAAGGUCACCGCCGCUGCUCCCACCGCUGUGGCUCGCAAGAGCCCCGUGGAAACUCGUGCAGCCUCCACCAAUACACAGACAUCUGCGGACCUCACAGAACAGACUAGGGUUGGUGGUCCUCCUGCUGCCCGCCGUGGUCGCGCCGGAGGUCAUCGCGGUAGAGGACGGUUCCCUGUGCGAAGGGAAGGACCCAUGAAGUUUGAGAAAGACUUUGACUUUGAGAGCGCCAACGCUCAGUUCAACAAAGAUGAGAUUGACAAAGAGUUCCAGAGCAAACUCAAACUGAAAGAUGAGAAGUUGGACAAGGCUUUGAAUGGCGAGGAUAAGGGUGAUUCAGGGGUCGACACUCAGAACAGUGAAGGAAAUGCUGAGGAGGAAGAUCCUCUCGUACCAAAGUGCUACUACGAUAAAUCCAAAUCCUUUUUUGACAACAUCUCCUGUGACGACAUGAGGAAGGAGAGGUCUGCAGUGUCUGGUUUCCCCCGAGAGAGGAGGCAGACCUGGGCGGAGGAGCGUAGGAUGAACGCAGAGACGUUUGGCAUCCCGUUACGGCGGGGCCGCGGAGGAUUCAGAGGUCGUGGUGGCAUGGGCUUCAGAGGGGGCCGGGGCCGUGGAGCCGGACGGGGGUCGUUUGGAUCUUACCCUGGUGGAAGUGGCUUCAGAGGAGCAUUCAGAGGAAGUCAAGGAGGAAGAGAGUUCUCUGAUUUUGAAUACAGGAAGGAUAACAAAAUCUCUGCAUAGUGAUGAGAGGAAGUGGAUCCAGAAGACUUGAUUUCUGUGGGAAUUUCGGGUCACAUGUUUUGCUGAGAACGAGGAGAUUAACGUACGUGUUGUAAAUCUGUCACCAGCACUGGGGUUCGACUGCUUGAAACCUGGAUAUUAAUGAAACGCCUACUCCAUUUCUUCCUGAGGAGUGGAACAUAUACUAUUUUUUUGAAUUGUUAAUUUGAGAAUAUCAUCUCCAGAUGGUUUCAAAUAUAUUAUGAUUUCAGAGGGACUUUUCCUUAGUUUGUUGACCUUCAAUGCUCAACCUGAAUUUGAUAUAUUGCUGCUUACAGCUAACAGAUUAUUAUAAUCUAGAACAAUGUAUCGUGAUGAUUUUGAUCACUGAACGAGCUUUAUUUUUGACUUGUUUGCUAUAAAGUAUCUUACAGUGUAUUUAGCACCAAAAUAGACUGCCUGGAACUCAGUUAUACAUUGUCAUAUUUUUCUACCGUAAUUUCAUUCUUCAACCCCCAACAUCACUCUUCCUGUAGUAAGUAGAAUUUUUUUUUUUUUUUAAAUGUAUAUAAACUAGUACGUUGAACUUAGAUUUCUUUGGAUGUAAGAGGUCUGUAGUUUCUAGAGAGGUUCCUCAUCAGGGCAAGCGCUUCAAGACGUGUCAGUAUUGAUAGAGUUUCACUUAAAGACAUUUUAGAUAUAAUGGAGAAAAUCACAGAAAUGCUGUCUUUAGGGGAACGAUUCCUUACGAAUAUGAAAUGGCACAACUUUAAAUGACACAAUAUGGUCAACCAGUGCAAAGCGACCUCAGUUAUGUUUAUAUAUUCUGUGGGUUUGAUUUAUUUUUGAUGAGGUCCACUUUGCAGUGUGUAGCACUCUGUAGCAGACAUUUACUGAUAAGUGAACGUCCAUCUUUACUAAGGAAAUAAUGCUACUCUGUGAGUCUACAGAAACCUAUGCUGCAGUUACUUUGACGAUGCAUUCUUGCCACUUUUGAGCUUCUACCACUAACAAUUAUAUGCCUUUCAUUCAACAUAUGUUCUUCACCUCGUAAAACAUCGGGUGACGCUGAGCCUAGAGCUGGCUGGAGAUUUGAGUACUUAUGAUUAUUUGAGAUUAUUCAAUAGCACUGCUUCCCAGUGGAUGGUUUCUUCUGCUUUCUGUCUUUAAUGUGAGCGAAAGCUGGACCGUUGAAAAGCCAGAAUGUGUUGUGUACUGUAAUGCAGACGCUGUUUCUUUUCCCGUCUCUCCUCGUUCAGCUGCUGUGUUGUAUAGUCACUGACUGCACUAGCAUGAUGUCAUAAGGUCAUGUGACCUCGUGCACAUUGUGAUGUCAUAGCCACACCUACGCGUUGCUCAAGAUUCAGCCGCAUUUUGAUUGGAUACAGUUCAUUUUGUAACCAAAUUUACGAUUAGAAUAAAGUUUUUUUUUUUUUUUAAUUUAUGACUUUAGUUGAAGGUUUGAUAUUUUAACUGGCCAGUUUUUCGAGACUCUGUUCACUUCAGAUUUGAUUGUGUAGCGUAUGGCUGUGACUUCACAAUGUUUUUUUGUUUUGUUUUUUCUUUCCGUUUUGUUAAAUGUUUGUUUAAACUGUUGGGUUAGUUGAUAAUGAAAUAAACUCUUUUCAGAUUAUAGCGUAUAUUAAAGUCCAAGUCUGUAAGACGUAAAACAUUUUGGAUCUUGUGUGAAUAUCCUUUUGCACUUUUCAAGCUCUUAAAUUCAGAGAUGUUUUGUUCCAAUAAUACACGUUCAUUUGAAUCUGACUAAAGUGAAUCUUCAUCUAAAGCACAUGGACAUGAUUUUAUUAGGGCUUCAUAAUGGAGCCAUUUAUAGUUAACUGGUCAAUAUGAAAAAAAAACGAGAUAUUUCCUUUACCCAGGAAUAAUAAACAUCCAUGUCCUAAAUUAUCACUUUUUUUAUAUACACGUAUGAUUAUUAGGAAUGUUACGGUAUUAUUAGUCUGUUGACUUAAUUCCAGAGUUUUCUUUAGAGACGGUGUAUUACAGAGUAAAUUCCAGCUGUGUGUUUGUUCAAUGUUGGAACAGAGAUGCUCGCGUAUAAACGGGACGUUGCUGCAUGCAGGUCUAGUCUCAAACCAUCGAUCUUGGAGAUGUUUGUGAGGCAAAUACUGUUCUGGAAAUGUCUUGUGAUGAACACCAUAUCUUUCCAUCAAGGUCGACAUGCUUUCCUUGUGAACCCCGGCAUGGUAUCUCUUCACAACUACAUGUAAAGAGGUUUUUACUAGAUGCAAGAAUAAACUGUUUACUAUC